ACAUUAAAGAGAACGAGCGAAGCAAACGGGGAAAUGAAAGUAUCAAAGUAUGGAAUUUUUUUUUUCUUCUUUUAGAUCACAGACAUACAGGAUGCCUAUUGCCCGGUGAUGGUGAUAGUUGCGGUGGUGGCAGAUAAUUUUUGUAAUGGAUAAUCAAUUUAAUAAUACCAAUAAUGUAUCCAAUUCAAAAACUUUGGACGCAACAGAAUUUUAUUUUGAAACAGACUUUUACUUAUUAAAAAAUAAUAAAGAUUAUAAAAAUUUAUUGAAAUCUUUGGCUAUACUUGAAGUACAAAGAUGUACAACGAUUCAAAAUAUUGAAAAACUUGCCGUGUUAAAAGAUCAUUUAUCAAAAAAUCCUUCGUUGACAUUGCAGAAAAUUCUUAAACGUGACGAAGUAGGUACAUUAAAAUCAGUUACUGUUCAUUCGUUGCCAGAUAUUGACUGGUCAGUGUAUAUAAAUAAUGAUGAAACAGAAAAUAAACCAAUUAAACAAGUAUGUGAUUUUAAUUUACGACAUAAAAAUGUCUCUGAUAAACAAGAACCACAGACAAACAAUACAACUUCAGAAAUGGAAAAACCAGAAACAUUUAAAAAACCUUGGACAGUUGAAGAACAAUUGCGUCUUGAAGAACUUUUAAUCGAAUAUCCACCUGAAAGAAAUGAAAGUAACAGAUACCGAAAAAUAGCUGAUGCUUUGGGUACAAGAAAUUUGAGACAAGUCUGUAGUAGAGUUCAAAAGUAUAAUAUGAAAAUGAAAAAAGUUGGUUCAAUUAAAACCAUUAAUGCAAAUUCAAAAAAUUUAAAUAAAAAAACUGUAUCAUUAAGUCAUAAAAAUAUUGGUGCAUUAUUAAAACCAACCACAUUUAUACCAUCUACAACAUUAAUUGAUGAUGUUGAUGUUUAUAAUGCCAAUAGAAAUAACUUCAAUGUAAGUCACAAAAAUAUUGAAAUGAAUAAUAAGACAAAAUUAGAAAUCUUAGAUGAAGUAUUAAAAGACAAACUUACAGAAAAAAAUAAUCCUAUUGUACAUAUUGAUUUUGCAUGUUGCAUGUGUCAGUCAUCCCCUAUUGUUGGAACAAGAUGGAAUUGCAAUGAUUGUCCUGCUAUUGGUAAAAGUACUAAUUUUUGCAGUGAUUGCAUAGUUGACAUAGUUCGAAAUGUUCUUGAAAACCCUCCACAUCCUAUGGAUCACAUAGUUACUCCUAUUAGAACUGUUCAGGCCAAUGAUGAUAAUAAUGACAAUCUCGUUGACCAAAAUUAUGUCCCUUUAGUAUUUAAAACUCAAAACUACUUGGAUCCAAAUUUUAUGGUGUAGAAUUACUUAUAUUUAUUAUUUGUAUUGUAUCAUGAAUUAAAAUUUAAAUUUAUUUUUAUUUUUCUAAUAAGCCAUUCAUUUCAUAAUCAGUGAUUGUAAUUUAAUCUAUAUUAAAGUAUAACACUUUAAUAACUAUAAUCAACACUGUAGAAUAAUGUUUAGUAUAAUUUUUAUUUUAGUAUUUAAAAAUUAAUAGUAAUUUAUACAAUUUUAUUCAAUAAUAAAUAUAAUUUUUUAUGUAAUUAAAUUUACAACAAUUUUUAGUGUUGGCUAUACCCUAGAUUAGGGGCUAAGAUAAUAGAUGUUGAAUAUUUUAUUUUUGAUUAUAAAAAAAAAAUAAACCUUUUAAUAAAUUGGUUAUUAUCAACUCAUUAAGAACUAAAAAGUCUAGAAUAAGAAUAUAAACAUAAUUUAUAAUUGAAUAAUUGUACAUAAUAUGUUACAUUUUUAAAGCUUCUUUGUGAACAUACUAUAAGCUUAAAUAUCCUAUGUUCUAUUUUAUAUUUGUUCAAUGUUCAUUCAAUAAAUUGGCCUAAUGUGCUUGUCAUUUAAACAAAAAUAUAAAAAAAAAACCGAAAUAAACAAAUAAAAUAAUAAUAAACACACAAUUACUUGAAAUAAUUUGUCAUACUUUUAAUUUUUAAAUUUAAAUAUUACGAUCGUAUAUUAUUAUUUAUGAGUUAUGAGUGUAUAACUAGAGUUUGAGACGUUUUAUAGUGGUCGUGGUCGUAGAUUAUUCUAGAUGAAUUAUAAAUUUGUUUUAUGAAAUGGAGAAACUUAAUACUAAGUUUAAAUUUCCAUAUUUUGCAUUUUUUAAAUUUGUAUGUGCCUACGUAAAAUUGUCGGGACUACCGAUCAAUUUUGAUUUAUUGAAUUUCUUAUUAGUUAUAGUAACUACUACCUAAUAAAUUGUUUAAAGUUUCUGCAUAGGUGUUCCAAACACGAAUUCAAUUCCAAACUUUUUAAAAAUUCUAACGAUGUAACGUUUAUUUAGUAUAUAUAUAUAAUAUAUAUAAUAUAUAUAUUGUCAUGCUGCAGACUCACUAAUUAUCAUUAUGGAAAUAAAUGACUCAAAUAAGUGUUUAUUUAUGUUUUAUCGAUCUACAAACAGUUACCUAUUGAUAAUAUUGGAGAUAAUAUUUUUUGAGUAUAAUUUAAUCCAUAGAACAUUUAUCGAGUAGCUACGUUAAAAUCGUUAAAAAAAAGAUUAUUCACAAAUAUUAAAUUUAAUUUGCCAAUUUUGUAAUUAGAAAAAAACUUUUUAUACAAAAAUUUGUUUUAAGUAAAAUACUCUACUUAACUCUGUAGGGAAAAAAUGGUGUUGCCAUUAAAAAAAAAAAAAUUUGUAUUGCAUAUUAUGUGACGUGCGCGGUACGACAGUUAACAAUUUAAAAUUUGUCUGAGAAUGUGUAUUUUGGACUUGAUUAUUUCCUUUCAUUCCUCAAAACUCCAUUUCAAUAGAUCACCUAUUGAAAUAUUUAGUGGUAGAUACCUCUUCCAGUCUUACUUCUUAGCGUGAACAUACUAUAUGUAUAAUGUAUAUAGGUAAAACUGUAAAAGUUAUAAAUAUAUUCUUAGAAUUUAUAGGCAUAGGUACCUAUAACUCUAUAAGCCUUUUAAAUUAGCUUUAUCCCUAUGCAUCCUUGCUGUAUCCGUCGGUGUUGUAUUUACAAUUAAUAGCAUUUAAUGUAUACAAUGUUUCAACUAUUUCUUGAAACAUUAUUUAAUACGUUUUUAGUAUUUACAGCGCACGCAUAUGUAGUUCGAUACAUCGACCAUGAACUUGUUCAUGUAACUCUACGAGUAUAGUCUAUAUAUACAUACGAAUAUUCUGUUAAGUAGAUAAAUAUUAUAUAUUAAGAGGAGAGGAUGUAGUGUCCGCAUCCGCAUUCCGCAUGUGUUGUCUCUGUCUUACACACGUACAACAUAGCAAAUUUUCGUUCACCAGUUUUCAAUAUUGAGCUGUUUUGAUAUUUGAGUGAACUGACCUAUUAUAAAAUUUAAAGGUAAGAUUAUUAUCCAGGGCUCCAUGGAAGCCUUUCUUUGAUAUUAUUGUUCUUAAAUAAGUUAUGAUCUUUUUUAAACUGUACAUUUAACUAGUUGUUGUUGCAGUGUGAUGAAGUCUAAUCAAGUAAAUAAAAUUGACAAAAAUAUUCUGUGUUUUUUUAAUUGAAAAUAUUUCUAAGUCCAAAUAACAAGAUUUUGAUGUAGACUGGCGUGAAGGUGCUCGCACUAACUGGUAAAAUCACGACCCCUUAUAUAGUUGAUCCCCCCCCCCGACCCUCUACUCAUGUCACUUCUGGCCUAUUCCAAGUGCGUCAUUACGCAUUUCAGGAUGCACGUGCGAUGAUUAAUCCCAAUAUAACGUCCGGGUGACGCCUUGCCCACGCGCGAGUAGUCAGCCACAAUCGCCGUGUUCGAGUUUUUCAGAACUCGAAGUUAAUUAAAUAUCAAAUUUGAUUAUAGGCCUACAAUGCAUUCCGGAGUUCGUUCAUUUCCCACUUUCCCAGUUCCGAAAGUUAAGUCAUAGGGAUUUUAUUACUGUCCUUUCAUGAAUGUCAUUAGUCAGAUCUUGCACAAUAUAAUUAAUAAAACAAAUUCAAAAUUUUAUUUUACAUAGCUAUGUCGAAAAAUAAAUAUUUUUU